AUGGGAGAAUCGGCUUUAAAGGUAGUUGUUGGCGAUGGAGAGUUUGUUCUUGACAAACCAGAUAUCGUUUCCCAAUACAGUCGUGUAAUUUCAGUCUCUCCAUCGAGUUCAAUAUUAUCAGCUGGAUUAAAAGUUGGGGAUCUUGUAACGUGUAUUGACAGGAUUCCUAUUGGUGGACUAAAACUCGAUGAAUUGCAGUCUUUAAUUAAUGACUCUACCAGUUCCGGUGAACUGAAACUGAAAGUGUUAGACAAUGGAGGUGAAAUAUGUUGCUCCUUCCCAGUAGAAGUUGGUAACAAAACAAUUUGUCAAACAAUAAAUAAAGUUACUGAACUCUCAUCAGACAAAUCAGAACAUGAGAAUUUGCGAAUAAUACAUCGACAGGCUUAUCGUUCAUCUCCAGACACUGUUAGGUCACAACGCAAUUUUAAUGUAAGGAAUAGCUCUCUCGAAAAACCUGGUCCGCAAAUAAAUUACAAACCAAAGCACACUUCUACCUGUUCUCCUGUUAUUGGUUCAUGCGAGUCUCAGUUAGGUGCUGUUGCAAGACUAGCUAUCGAUGGCGGUCUAACAACUGAUCAACUGCUUCAAAUAGGAUCCUCAGAAACUAAUCAACCUGGGCAUUAUUUAUGUCAAUCAGUCACCAGCUGUAAUCAGAAACGUUUGGAAUACGAAUUUUCAACCACGCAUCCUACUUCGCCGUACCCUCACGUUUGUCGUGUUUCCCCACGAGGGACUAGAAGACCUGUAUGCUAUAGCUCUAGCCAAUCUGUUAACCUUGUUCGAGGUCCCGGUACAACUGCAGCGCAUGACCAAUCACACGUUGCUAUUUCUCCUACCCAUACUGCUGAUAGCAAUCCUCGUCUAUCUCAGUGCACGACAUCUCGUGAUAACCUACUCACGUGGCAUAAUCUUAACAACAGUAGUCGUGUUUCCCUUGCUGCUCAAAUGACUCGCGUUGGCGGACUUGUUUUCGCCACUGGUUCACCAAAUCUUGUAUCAGAAAAUUCGGACUCGAACCCGGCUGAAAAAAGUAUUUCUUCAGCCAAGCCUUAUCAAUCAAUAUCUGCAUGUACUUCUCCCACCAACUUGAAACAUACUGUGUCAUCUAAUUCCCAAUCAGGUUCUUUCUUUUCAUGUUCAAAUGUUCCUAGUCCAACGAAUACCCCACCUUUAUCUUCCACGAAUGCCACAUACAAUAUAGCAGCUACAGAUAUAGUUCGUUUGGGACCAGGUAAUAUUGUUACUCGAGCUGCAGCUGGUUCGACUGUGUACAGUCCUUCAAGUUUGAUUCGAAUGCACUGUUCUCCACAACCAUAUGUUGGAAUGGGGAUGACUGGAAGUCCUUAUGUUCCGGUAGUGUCCACGCUUACAAUCUCUAAUUUAAACGUCCCUUCACCUGUAUUAUCGGAUGGAGAUGAUUCUUGUUUAUGUACAAAGCCCACCAUCAAUUCUGAACCGAAUAUUUCAACUACAUAUUCAGAUUUAGAGACAAAUAGAACAUCUGAAUCAGUCUUCCCUUGUUCAACAUCUUCACCAAGUCCUACAGAAAUGUCUCCAUCAAUAGUAAACCGACCAGGAACGAAGAAAAGUUAUGUGAAUCCUUCUCUACGAUCUUCAGCACCUGUUACAUCAUCAUCCCAAUAUAUUCAUACUUCUGAAGGCCCUGUCGCUGAUUCCUUCCUACCUCAUCCUAAACCGUUGAAUCUUUACAAUGUACCAAGUUCACAAAUAGUUCGAACCGUUAGACAUCUUCGGCGUAUUAGACACAUUCUUGGUGAUUCAAUUGGCUACACUAGUUCUGCAACGUCUGCAUCCACCAGUGCACUUGCAGAUGAAGAUAAAGAUGACUCUGUUAGUUCACCUAAAGUUGGGCAACUACGAUCUCAUGGUUAUCAUUCAGUUGAAUCGAUCAGACGAUCUAGUUUACUAUGUGAUUGUUUUCCAAAUCAGACUACAGAUGUGAAUGAUAGGAAAUCUGUAAAAAUUUCCAACUCUCAUACACCGUCAUAUCCUGUGACUGCAUCUAUCGACUGGAAUGAUUCUGAAAUAGAGGAUUCUAAAAAAUCACUUGUUUGGUGUAAUUAUCAAAUGACGUUAUCAGGUCAAACACUUGUGUUAACACGAGUAAAUGAUUCUUCAAGUCAGAUUUCUAACCACCACACUGAUCUUAACGAAAAUUCCAUGCAUAUUCAUAUUCCAUUGUCUGGAGAAAGUUUAAUUUGGUAUUCAGCUUCUGAGUUGCCCGGGAUAACAUGUACAUCUUUGCCAUCGAAUUGGGAUUCAGGAGCUGGAGUUAUUGGUGUGUUACACAGUUCAAAAUUAAACUUAACAUGUUACCUUAGCUUUUCGGAUCGUCAGAUAGCGUCUAAUAUCUUUGAUCAUUAUGGACCAGGGAAAACCAGUGAAGAGUCUAAAGAGAAACACUCUACAGCCAAUUCAUCUCAACCUAGCUUGCCAUCACAUAGAUUACGUUCUAAGUUUUCCUCUGGACGAUCUAGUAUUGGUCUUGCUGGACCUUCUGGUGUAGCGCCAUUAUUUAAAGCUGUUGGGACUGCUGCAGCAUCAGUUGGUAUGCAGCUUAGCGAGUAUGUGAAUUUUCAAGGAUUAUUACAAUCUCAUAAACAAGCUACAGUCUCUGUCUCUUCUCCACAAGAGUCUGCUUUAUCUGAAAAUGGUGAUAUUAACAAAUCAAAGAGUGAUCAGACUUCAAGCGUCCAAUCAUCUAAUCCAUCAGAUUUUACUGCACAGCCUAGUAAAGCUAAAGAGCUUAGAUUUCUUCCUUCUUUUCCUCGAGGUCGUGGACGUUUGCAUCAAGCGCUUACUAAAAUGAAACGUGCAGCAACAGCAUCUUGUGAUCCUACUACCCGUUCAAGUUCCAGCGUAACAACGAGAAGAUUUGCUUCAUCUCAUGGUUUUGGGAAAAACAAAUCUAUUCAUAUAAGUUCUCCUCUUAAAGCAUCCACUGAAGAUAUGAAUUGCUCAAAUAAAUUAGAAAACAUUUUCAAUUCACCAUCUCAUUUACAUAAUAAUCAUAAUAAUAGUCAACUUGCAUUAUUAUUGGCUACAUCGGUCUCACCAUCACCUUCGUUGCAAACUCCAUGUUUAACGUACUUGCAGUUAGAAUCUAAUGAAUCAGUUAACUCUAAUAUUGAUUCAUCUAAUUUGUCAGAAGGUCCUCAUGAAUAUUCAAACAAAGAAACAGGUCGUUAUAUCGAUAUAUCAGUCAAUCAACAAUCUAGAAGAGAACAUAAAGCAACUAGUCAGCUUACUGUUUUAGUGUCGGAAACUGUAGAUCAAGACAUAAACUCAGAUGGUAAUGCAAUUCAAAGUACUAGUAAUCGAAGUGAAUGCACAUUGUUUGUUCAAACCAAACAUCCUUUCGUACCAUUGCCUGUUCAAUUAAGUAACCCUUUACCAUUACAUAAAUGUCCUAGAAGUACAUUAUCUCCCUUUGUUCCUUUUGUGGUAGAACUAUGCGUUACACUAGUCGAACGCUAUGGUCUCAAUUGUAUCGGUAUUUAUCGUUUAUCUGGUAGCAAGGUGGCUCAUGACUUCAUUACCUCUGAAUUAAGUAGGGAUAUUACUACAAUCGAUGUAACAUCAGAUAAAUGGAAUGAUUUACAUGCUGUUUGUGGAGUUUUGAAAACAUUUCUACGCAAUCUUCCAGAUUCCCUUUUUCCUAAAGUUAUGUAUCCAGAUUUUUGGCUGCUUGUCGCUUACCACAACUAUAGAGCACAUAGAGCUACACUUCGUUAUCUUGUUACUCAUUUAGCUCGUGUUAGUGCUCGUGAAGGAGUGAAUAAAAUGACAGCAUAUAAUUUAGCGUUAGUAUUUGCACCAAAUCUUGUACAACCAUGUGAAGAUUCGCCUGAAUUACUAAUGAGUGAUUCUAAAUAUAAAAUUAUGCUUGUUGAAACUGUGAUCAAAUAUCACGCGUGGAUAUUUUCACCAGAUUUAGGGCUAGAAAGUGGUUGCUCUGUCCCACCAGAUUCAACAGAAGAUUUAACACCUGAAAUUGAUGUUAAUAGUAAGAAUAAUUCUACAAUAUGUGAUAGUUCAACAAUAGAUUCUGAGGAUUCAAUUCAACAACCGGGACGAUUAGAAGGUGACGUUCAACCGUUGGUCGCUGAAUUAUUAACUGCUGCUGCAAGCCUACCACCUCCACCAUCUGACAUGGAUUUAGAAACAGCUGAAAUACCUGGACCAGAAUCUGAUCGACCUUCUGACAUCAUUAUGUCUAGACCACGUUUCACUUCAAUCCCGACUAGUAAUUGGUCGUCUUCAGUAACAAGUAUUUCUAGAAUAUCAUCUGGUGGCCUACUCAAUGAGUUGAGUACAACAACAGAUAAUUUAUCCACAUUAAAAAUUAAAUCAGAUUUCAGUGAAGAACAAACAGUUGCAUCAGAUGUAGAACAUAAUGAAACUGAAGGACAUUUAUUAAGUGUUACUAGUUCAAUUUUACGAUCCCUUCAGACUCCUUCAGGGUUCGGUACUAAACUGGAUAAUCUACGUCACUUAAGUCAAGGGUGUUUGGAGGAAUAUACAUCUGAAGCCCGUAAACUUGGUGUUCGAGUUGCAGAAAGCAAACGUGUACUCGAGAAUACUGUAGCACAACGUUUACAUGCAGAACAACGUUUAUUUGAAGCCAGAAUUGAAUGUUCAGAGCCAUUUGUAGCAGCAUCACUAAAACCUCAAAAUGAUCUGUCUACAGAGUUAAUUGUUCAGUCUCAGAGUCCCAAUAAUAUGUCAACUUCAAUUUAUCCUACCCCUUCUAUUACUGCUGGUAAAAUAGGAGAUCUGGGUGUUAGUGUACUCAAAGAUGAAAGUUCGAGCAAUACUGUUCAUCUUGAAUAA